UCGAGUUGGAAGGAGUACGCUGUGCUACGUACUUUCAUCACUAUAGAUGCCAACCAAUUGAGUCGGGUCUUCGACCAAAGUAGAGUGUUCGGCACACAAGAUCAACAAUAAAACAAUAGUCAAGUUUAAAUCUCCAUUUAUAUAAAAAGUAUCGAAAAAUGUCUACGAUAAAAGAGAAAUUGUUUACUUCAAUUAUUGAGUCAACAAAUGCAGGCAAUGAUAAAGUCACUGUGGUGGGUGUUGGUCAAGUUGGAUUGGCAUGUGCCUUCAGUAUUUUAUCUAAGAAAAUUUCAAGCGAUGUGGUUUUAAUCGAUGUGAUGAAGGACAAACUGAAAGGCGAAAUGCUGGAUCUCCAACAUGGCAGUUGUUUUUUGGAAAACGCGAAAGUCAAUGCAAGUACUGAUUUUGAAGCAUCAGCUGGAUCAAAGAUAUGCAUCGUAACAGCCGGUGCGCGUCAGCGCGAAGGAGAAACAAGGCUUGAUCUGGUGCAACGUAACACGGAAAUUUUUAAAGGCAUCAUACCGAAACUUGUUCAGCACAGCCCAAACACUAUUUUAUUGAUCGUUUCAAAUCCAGUUGACAUUCUCACAUACGUGGCUUGGAAGUUAUCUGGUUUGCCCAAAAAUCGGGUGAUCGGUAGUGGCACGCAUUUGGAUUCGGCCCGAUUUCGAUUUUUGAUAGCGCAAAAAUUCAACAUCGCACCUACCUCUGUUCACAGCUGGAUUAUUGGAGAACACGGUGAUACAAGUGUACCCGUAUGGUCUGGUGUUAACAUAGCCGGGGUACGGUUGCGUGAUAUCGACCCGACCGUUGGCACAGAAUGCGACCAAGAGAAAUGGAAUGAAAUUCAUAAACAAGUAAUUUCAAGUGCUUACGAAGUUAUCAAACUUAAGGGAUAUACAUCUUGGGCUAUUGGACUUGCAUGUGCUAAUCUCACUUCAGCUAUUCUUCGUAACUCAAACCAAAUUCAUGCAGUUUCUACUCUCGUUUGCGAAAAAAAGGUUCAAAAUCAAGGUUUUCAUGGCAUCGAACAUGAAGUAUUCUUAUCACUUCCCUGUUCCUUAUGCAUAGACGGAAUAGCCUCUGUUGUUGAACAAUCAUUAACUUGUGAAGAGCGCCAAAUGCUUCAUACCUCUGCUAAUACAAUGGCAAACUCAAUAAAGAAUCUGAAAAUAUGAUCUGAAAUUAUUUAAAUUUAAUUUUGUAACUUUUCACUAGUAUUUAUGGUGUUGCACAAACUCAUACAUCUCGCAAAUUUGCAAGACACUAUAUUUACACUGAAACGUAUUUUAAGUGAUUAAUUAAUAAUACAAUAGUGUUGAAGAAUUACACAAUGUAGUAUUUUCAGCC